AUGAAUCGCUCACUUACCCUGCUCGUCUCUCUUCUCGGGUUCUCGAACGCAUUGUAUCAGUGUAAGGACAACAACGGGAAUAAUGUAGAUUGGUAAGGGAAUUCCAAGUGACCGCUUUUUUGAGGUUAUUGUUUCAGGUUUGUGUUCUACAAGUUGCCACAUCUUUAUGAUCAUCCGAACAACUUGCCUAUUUCCAACGGAACCGGGUUCAUGUACUUUGAUGUAAAUAACAAAAACUGGGUAAGAAUAAUACAGAAUACCUAAGCAGCUUGUGAAAUUGAAAUGCUUCAGAAGCUAAUGGAUCAAGGAAUGGAUGUGCAGAACAAUGGGAUCUAUUACACCCUCCAACAAUAUUACACUUCUGAUAACUCUUCGGUAACAGUCGACCACAGAGGGGAACCGCAAUCGGGCAAUCUUUCAGACCUUCUCUUACCUGUAUAAUGACGAAUGGCCAGACAGCACCAUCUGGAGCAACAGUUCUGGCCACGCGAAAGGAGUGACCGUCUUCGAUCAGUACACUGGUUUCUGGCUGAUUCACAGCAUUCCCAAGUUCCCGAGUGCCGACCAGUUCCGCUUCCCUUCAAAUGCGCAUUACUACGGUCAAAUGGGAAUUUGCAUCUCUUUCAACUAUAAUGCUCUUUCUGAUAUCGGUGAGACAUCCGGAGUUGACGAAGUGCUCAAAAGUACAUUUCAGCGCAACAACUGUUUUAUUACAACACUUUCACUUACCAAUUCAAUCUUCCCGCCAGUUUUGCGAACGCUAUUCCUGUUCUGACACAACUGAAAAACAAAGAGUACAAUAAGGUGGUUCGAUCCGCGAUGUCUUCUGAAGUCUGUCUGUGUUCAGAGCCCUCCACUCACUUCCAUCAAAGUGCUCAAAUCUCUCGGAGGGCAGAACUUCAAGCACUUUGCAAAGACUGGCGAAUGGGGUCAAGAUUUGUACAACGACCUAGUUGCCGGAGAGCUGAAAUCGUCCAUCAAAGUGGAAACAUGGAAUCAUCAGAGCGGCGAUGAACUUAAUUUGCCCUCAAUGUGCGAUCCCAACAAGAAGCAAUCGGUAAGCUCUUCAGCGGUUUCUGGAAACUUUAGCGAGAGGAUUUCAGACGAUGAGUGCCAAGUACAUCCGUCUUCCGUUCGGUGUCAACUACACCAGUUACGAAGAUCACUCGAAGUUCGUCGUCGCGUACAGUGAAGUCACUUCCACUCCCCCAGUUCCUUAUGUUUGCAUCGGAGACAUCAACAGACAGGUUUCCAAACGAAUGCGGAACUUUUCUCUCAUUUGAAAGUUUUCAGACACACCAGCUGCACCGAGGCGGAGGAACAAUGUGCAUCUAUGACCACGACACGUACUUUCAGUUCGCUGACAUCAUCAAAGAAGUCGUGCCUUGCAGCCGGGCAACCCUUCAAAAGGUGAAGGCGUUGAGGAGCAACAGAUUCACUUAGUCUCUUUUUCUUCUCUUCUUGUGUUCUUUGUCUGUACCUAUUCCAUUUCCCAUAAUCUCCCGCCAACUACCUCUGAAAAUUGGGUUAAGGAGCACUGGGAACGCACGGAGUCCGUCGCUUGUUUUGAGCAUCAGAAUACUUGGGAAAAGGGGAAGUGAACAAGAGAAAUGAAAAGACAAUGUCUGUCAGGAUCCUUUGUUUUUAGGAAAAAUCAUAGAAAUGAUAGCGACUUAGUUUAGAAAUAUCUGGCAGAAAUGUUCAUGAAUCACCUCAGAAAGAUUGAAGUUCAGCAGAGUGAGAGUGAAGUGUCUCCCACAAGUAUCAUGUCAAACACUGUCUUCCUUUAUUUGUUCCAAAACACGGCGUGCUCCUCGGCGUGCUCCCCGCGGCUCCUUCUGCUCAAUCCCUGCUCUUUCAGGCCUUCCUCCUAUUCCUCCUUACCGCCAUUAUCGCCUUCUUUACGUGA